UCAUUGAUAUAUGAUAAUUGUAUGAAUAAGAUUUUCGAAAUUGCCGCUCGCCGAACGUCAAACUAAUGACUAAUAUUUUUGGGUUUGUUAAUAGAAUUGUUUUCCGGCAUAUCUUUCUUGUAGCGCUUGUUCUCGAAUAUGCACGUAGUGUGAUAGACGUGAUCUGUUAGGUGUCCCGUGUGCGAUUUUAAUAUUAAGCUGUCGUGACGAUCACACGACAAUGACGGACGGCACCGGGAAUGAAGAUUCUGCGGCUUUUAACUCCAUAUCCGAGCCAACUAAGACUAAUACGAGCACAGCGGGUCCAGUAGUUCUAUAUUCAACUGCACAAGCAUGGAGACUCCAGUUCCACCGCAGUCUCACACGUGCCAGUAUCUCGGAAUCCUCAGAUGAAGAAGAGGAUUUAUCUCAAUAUCAGUUUGAGGAUGAUCUUGAAUAUCUUAGGUCGCUGGAUCCGAGAGACUGGAAGGAUCAGGAUCAUUAUGCUGUGUUAGGCUUGAAAAAUCUUAGGCACAAAGCAACAGAAGAUAUCAUCAAAAGAGCUUACAAGCAGAAAAUAUUAAAGCACCAUCCUGAUAAACGCAAAGCGAUGGGCGAGGAAAUUCGGCCGGAUGAUGACUAUUUUACAUGUAUAACUCGUGCUUGGGAGACUCUUGGAAAUCAGAUAAAAAGGCGAAGUUACGAUAGUGUAGAUCCUUAUUUUAAUGAUAAUCUUCCGGAUGAAAAAGACUGUCGAAAUAAUUUCUACAGGAUGUUAGGUAAAGCAUUCAAAGACAACUCACGUUGGUCUGUGAAAAAGCCUGUGCCGCUAUUAGGUGGGCCAUUCACACCGCGAGAAAAGGUCGAGAAAUUCUACUCCUUCUGGUAUGACUUCGAUUCCUGGCGUGAAUACUCAUAUCUUGAUGAGGAAGACAAGGAAAGUGGUCAAGACCGAGAUAUGCGCAAAUGGAUCGAGAGGAAGAACAAAGCCACAAGAGCGAAACGGAAAAAGGAGGAAAUGACACGGAUACGUACUUUAGUAGAUAUGGCUUACAACAUAGAUCCUAGGAUAAAGAAAUUCCAACAAGACGAUAAGGAUAAGAAGAACGCUGCGAAAAGAGCGAAGCAAGAAGCAGCGAAGGCCAGACAGCAGGAGGAAGAGAGAGUAGCUCGCAAUGCGGCUGAAAAGGAAAGAUUAGAGAAAGAAAAGAGAGAAUCCGAGGAGAGAGUAAAGCAAGAAGCGCUGAAACAGGAGCGAGAGGCGCAGAAAAAGGCAUUGCGUAAGGAGAGAAAGGCACUCAGAGACUUCUGCAAAGCGAAUAAUUAUUUUGCUGAAAAUUCGUCAGAGAGUCUUCGACACAUGGAAAACGUGGAAAAAAUCUGUGAGUUGUUUAAACUAGUGCAAUUUGAGGAAGCGAUGAAAAGAUUGCAGACUGAGGGGAGAAGCGCGUUUUUGAGCAUUAUCGAGGAAACGGAGCGGAAGAUUGAGGCGGAGCGUCGCAUAAACGUAAUCAAUAAUGAUACACGAAACACGCCUGAGAAACAAACCAAGACUUGCACCGCGCCUUGGAGCGAGAACGACUUGCAGCUAUUAAUAAAAGCGGUUAAUCUUUUCCCCGCCGGCACUAAUCAACGUUGGGAAGUGGUGGCAAAUUUCAUCAAUCAACAUAGCAGUUCCACCAGCGGAGUCACCCGUGACGCCAAGGAGGUUCUAGCGAAGGCUAAGAGUCUGCAAUCAACCGAUUUCAGCAAAUCAAGUCUGAAAGAACAAGCAAACAAAAAGGCCUUCGACAAUUUUAUCGCUGAGAAAAAGAGCAAGGAUGCGAUCGAGGAAAGAAUGCCUGCUGUUACAGAGCGCUUAGAUCAUCCAAUCGCAAAUGGCGUCGCCGCUGAGCCGAAAGAGACGAAGAAAGAAUCGUCGCCGUGGACACCAGUGGAGCAGAAAUUUCUGGAACAAGCGCUGAAAACUUACCCCACCACGGUUCCGGACAGGUGGGAUCAGAUAGCAGCGUGUAUACCCAGUAGAACGAAAAAGGAGUGCAUGAGAAGAUAUAAAGAACUAGUUGAACUUGUGAAAGCAAAGAAAGCGGCGCAAAUGACAAAAUAAUAUUAACUGCGCGCUAAGCUCAAAAUUUUCUCCUAACUUAUUGAACUCUAGUUAAUGAGCAAUUCUGACGUGACCAAGUUUGUUCCCUCAGCUUAAAAUGAGAAGCAUAAUCGAAAUUUAAGACUGGACGACGAGAACCUUAGCUUAUUCAUUGAGUGCCAGUUCGCCGCAUGCAUACUUGUGCCUUGCUAUAGCCGAUACGUGCACGAGUGCAACUAACUAGUUGCACGGCAUGCAGAGAAAUUCGACGUGUUUUAUUUAACGGAUUCUGCGACACGUUUUGAUUUCUACGCGCUGUACACUCUGAAUGUAUCUUUGAAGUCGUGCUGCUGCUGAUUAUUAUUUCCAUAAUGAUGAAGGAAGGCUUACGAUGUAGGAAGGUGUCUUUCCUUUUGCAACAUGAAUUUUUGCGACCUACAUUUCGUCCUGUAAGUACUGUAAAAUAACGAAAAUCUAGGACAACAGUUGGAAGAUUAUGUCGGACUACUAUGAAGUCGGACUAUGGAGGACUUUAUAAAUAAACAAGAAUGUUUUGAAAGAUGUU